UCUUAUCAUCAGGCAGUUCAAAAUCAGCAACGAAAAAUUAAUAUUGUGGAGCAAAACCUUGAAAUUCACGCAAAUUUCAUGCCAAGUACGAGUGUACGCUCUCCAGAUAUAAUUACAGCUAUCGAUGUACUUACUACAGGAAGAUACCAAAGAUUUCCAAAGGCGAUUGAGGAGUACCUUGCUCCGAAGCCCUUGGCAGACAAUGAAGUCAAAAAAGCCCUAGAGGAAUUGAAUAGUGUAAUUGAAUUACGAAUGUUAACUGAAGAAGUAGUUCCUCCAGCUAUGAGAAAAUAUCACGUGGAUAAUGGAAGGAUAACAUUUUUUGUCGAAAAAGAAUUUAAAGUGGUGUUGACAUUACUUGAUCAAAAACCAAAUUUCCCUUGGCAUAUAGUAGACCUUAAAUUUCUAAUCCAAUCUGCUAAUGAUAGGCUCUAUAAUAUUGAUUUAUCUUUGCAUGAAGUACAAACCAACUUUAUUAUACAAAGCGCUCAAAUUAGAUUAUAUCCAAAAAAUCCACCACUACCGGAGCUGCCUUUAUCGAGAGUUCCAGGAAAUACGGAACAAUCUACAUUAAAGCCCGCGAGACCACUUCCCUUAAUGGAAUUAUAUGAUUUUUUACACACAUUUUGUUUAGAUAUGCAGCUCGAUAUUCUUUAUCAGCAGGCGUAUCGUUUGGCAGGGACGAGAUGGGCAAACAACUUAUUUUUGGAAACGGAUGGAGCUCACCUUGAAGAACCACCACAGAACCAAACAGCUCGACGAGUUAAAGGCGACGCAAUUGAAAUAACAAUUGCAGAAGAUAUAACGAAGCGUUCCUUAAUACAUUCGUCAAGGUCAAUGCUUUCAAAAUCACAUUGGUUAACUGAUACUUCGCGUAUCAAACCCGGCGUUUUGAACGACGGGCGUGGGUUAAAUUAUCCACAUAAAUUCUUGCAAGCUCGCUGGACCGGUUUAGCGGAUGAAAACGCUGAGUGGACAGUUUUGGAUUGGGAAUUUGAUCCGACCAAUUUGAGUUUUGAACAUCUUUUACUAUCUGUUACACAGAAACAUGCCGAAUCGGUUAUUUUGGGUUUUAAAAAUGCACUAUCAUCGCUUGAACUUGCUAAGAGUGUGUUCUCAGAGGAGGAUUUAGAAAUUAUAGAAGGUUGUCAAGAAUUUCCUGAUGAUUUUAUCGCCGAUGAUUCACCAAUUUCUGACAAUGUUGCAAAGAGAUUCUUGAAGAUCUCGUCAUUGCGUGUAUGGCUUUUUGGAGAUAGAUAUGUUACUAUCAGUAUAGAUAUUAGGAGUGGCAGAAUUAUAAUUGAAGAAAACAAUAAAAUUGAUGAUGAAGAAUUUAUUAGAAUGUGUGAAGAUAAAAUCAGCUCUGCACCAAGUGACGAUAACUUCGUUCAAACACUUUGUUACCUAAAAUCCAAAUCCAGAAUUGACCAAAUUGAGAAGGCAGCUAAAUAUUUGCAGUUUGAUAUACAUCGUGAUCUGAUAUUGCGUAAGGAAGAUCUCGAUCAGCUGCGCACAAAACAACUCGCGUAUUUUCGCUUCCCACAAUAUGAUGAUCACUUUCUAAUCUGUGGGAUUGUGGAUGAUGGUAGUUUGCAUUACUGGUUAACCACUCUGAGCCGAGAACCACCAGUGAAAAGAUACAUAUUGGUAAAGGAUGCAAAAGAUCCUACUCAUAAGCUGUCAUCUAUUGAACAAAUAUAUCUAGAAGAAGAAAAAAAUAGGUUUACAGAUAAAACAAGUUUAGAAUUACAAGAAAAACAAACUGUUAAUGACGGAACCCAUUGUGGGAAGCGAAGCUUUGAAGAAAUUGGUGUUAAAGCAGAAGAUUCAUCAUCGAGAAAAAGAAAGCUCAUGAGAGCUAGUGCCGAGCUUGAAUAUGAAAUCGUACACCUUGCCAGGAUUUCUGCUCUUUGUCGUGCUCGUAUAUCUUACCUUAGAAUGAAAAAACAGAUCAAGUUGCAUGACUUGUCAUUUACUACUAUACAGCCUGAAAAAUCUCUCGAGUUUAUCGAUCCUGAUUCUUCCAUAUCCUUAACUUCGUCUAUACCAGUUUUGAAAAUGGAUGGAAUUUCAUUAUUAGCCAAAAUGCCAAUAGCAAUGGAUAAGGCUUUGAAUAUUUUUGGAGACAUUUAUAUUCGAUUCGUUGGUUCUCGUUUAUUAACAACUACAACGUUGAUGCCAAGUCAAACCUCUGCAGCUAAACUUAUCACCUUAUCGGAUUCGGUUCCUAAAAACUUCUUUGGCGUAAUAAUGACAACACGUAUAAAACCAAAUAGCUUGCCAACAAUAAACAAUGCCGAUUUAUUAGACAACAUUAGAUACGAUCCCAUCUCUCAAGUUAUAUCUUUUAAAUACGAUGCUGAAGACACCUAUAUCAAAAACUUUCUUAGGGAUUGGAUAAAUAUAGUAAUGAUUUGUCAAGCCGCUUCUCAAGUGAGCUCACCUACGUGGGCAGAUACCUCCAUCAAAGUCGCACCCUUUAACUUUCAGACCGUUAAAGUCAUAUAUUCACAGGACUUAUUUUUUGACAUUAGCUGUAAGUCUGAUCGAUAUUCGUUACAAUUCGGUACUACUAGUACAACAAAGAAUCGGAAUCCACAUCAACGGAUAAGUACAUAUCUUCAAAAUACUUUGAAUUAUGAAUGUAACAUCGGAUCUUUAAUCUCUAUAUUGACACGGACGACACCUUUGUUUUCUGCUUUGGAUGCGCUUGAAAAAGAUAAUGGAGGAAAGCGCGUUUUAAAUAUCAUUCCUCGAUCAUCUCAUCAUAUUCGUUUAAUAUGGUCACAACGGAUGUUACCCUCCUUCACAUCAGAACAAUUUUCAAAGUAUGGAUUGGAUAUUGAAGUGAGAGAAGAAAACAAAAUUUUUAUAUACGAUACAUCUCUAGAUUCUAGAAUUACUUCUUUAAAACGAAUACCGCUAUGGGAGAAGUUUUUUGAGUCAGUCACGUCUGGUGACAUAAAAAAUGAUAACAUUUCUAUAAAUGAUUUUAUCCCUUUAUCGGAAGGUUUCGUUAUUCCCAUUGGUGAUACGCAUAAGAUAUUAGAAUGGUUAGAUAAACACAUUCGUCAAGCAUAA